CUUCUGCUCACUGGAUGACUGCGCUCGCCUGCAGACACGUUCAGAUGCUCCUCAGCAGCUGAUGAAGAAGCUCCUCAGGCCUCUGCUCAUCGUCCAUUUCCUUCUGUCUGAGCAGCUCAACAUCGUUUCUCUUCUUUCUGGAUUCGUCCUCAGGAAGUUUCCUCUCGGAGCGAUGGGCCCUCGCACAGCAGUCUCUGCUUCCAAGGAGGUGAAGGUGAAGAUGGGAGGAGCCCGGCUGAGGAGCAGCAGUGAUGGGAGCAGGUACAGCAGGAGAGAGCUCGGCCUCAUCAACUCUUCAUCCUCGUCUUCAGUCCUCUCCAGCCCCAAGUCAGUUCUGCAGAGGCCGGUGAGCACGGAGGAGCUGCAGCAGCCGGGAGGCCCGUACGUCAGGAGAACCUUCACUAUUGUGGGUGACGCUGUGGGUUGGGGGUUUGUGGUGAGAGGAAACAGACCCUGUCACAUCCAGGCUGUGGAGCCCUGUGGCCCAGCGGCUGCUGCAGGGAUGAAGGUCCGUCAGUUCGUGGUGUCGGUCAACGGGCACAGCGUCCUGGACCUGGACUACCGCAGCGUCAGCCACCUGAUCCUGACCGGCCCCCGGACGGUGGUGAUGGAGGUGAUGGAGGAGACCGACCACCGAGGAGGGACAGAUCUCUGAGAGUGUGGCGGUUUGUGUGGCGUCCGGACUCUGAUGAAGUCACCUGGCAGGGGAAUGUGCUCCUGGUAAUCAGAUUACCUCUUGAGGGCGUCAGAGAGGAAGUGAACCACAAAAACACAAGUGGAAAUAAAGUUGUGUUGUUGGGAUGAAAUACAUCAUUGUGUGAGGCAGCUAGCAGCUAGCAGCUAGCAGCUAGCAGCAGCUGGUUAACAUGGCAGAGGCGGGGUUUAUGACCUGUACCGCAGCUGACCACCAGGGGGUGGCGGUUUGGCUUCACUUAUGGGAGCCUCCAUGUCGUCCAUCUUUAUUUACAGUUGACGAACCAGUUUAACGUUGGAGUCGAAAAAAGAAGCGUUGUGACUUUUGUGAAUCUGACGUUUGUCUCGUCCAAUGACGACUUCGAUGGUUUAGAAUGAUCAGAAUAAACUGGUUUGUUUACUUGUUUACUCUAUACAAGCUUGAAGCUCUUUUGUUGGUUUGAAAAUGUUUUUUCAGUUUUUAAAUCCUCGUCUAAAACAUAUUUUUUACAGAUUUUCCCGUUUUUUUUAAAUUCUCAGUACAGGAUACACAGGGUGUAAAUAUUCUUGAUGGGAAACUUUAAAAUAAAUAUUAUUGUAUGAUAUUUAUUCUGAAAAUUGCUCUUUAUGUUUUAAGUGUGUCAUGUUGUAAACGGACUCUAGAGGGCGACAUGUUGUCGACAUCACUCCAACAGCUGGUGUUUCCUUCAAUGCGACGGUUUGGACUUUUAACCUCAUCUGACCACUCAUGCAAACACAGACACACAGACACACACACACACACAUACCCCCCCCACACACACACACACACACACACACAUACACACACAGCUCCAACCCCUCCCUCAUCUGUGUUUACUUUUCCAUCCACUUCCCAUGAUGCUUGAUUCCCAGAAAGGAAGUGAGGAGUGAGACGACGUGUGAAGAAGAUCAACAACAAACUCAAGUGCUUUGUUUUCAACUCUCUUUUGUAUUUGUGUAGUCGGUCGACAACUUUUUCACAUGAGUGUGAAUCCUCAGCUCCAGAUUCAGUAAUGAUGACAUUCUGCAGGUUGUGUGUUACUCUCUUCAGGUUGUGUGUUACUCUCUGCAGGUUGUGUGUUAUUGUGUGUUACUCCCUGCAGGUUGUGUGUUACUGUGUGUUGCUCUCUGCAGGUUGUGUGUUGCUCUCUGCAGGUUGUGUGUUACUCUCUGCAGGUUGUGUGUUACUGUGUGUUGCUCUCUGCAGGUUGUGUGUUACUCUCUGCAGGUUGUGUGUUACUGUGUGUUACUCCCUGCAGGUUGUGUGUUACUGUGUGUUUCUCUCUAAUGGUUGUGUGUUACUCCCUGCAGGUUGCGUGUUACUGUGUGUUUCUCUCUAAUGGUUGUGUGUUACUGUCUGCAGGUUGUGUGCUACUCUGUGAUAUUGUUUGAAACACUGACACCUAUUAAGGCUCAUUCAUUCUGUUCGGAGAUAUGACACUGCCCCCCCCCCCCCGUGGUUCACAGUGGUAACAUCGUUAUCGUUCAUAUCCUUUAACUCAGAGGACGGAGACGAGACUCGAUUGGUUUCUGACGAUGAGCAUAAAUCGAUAUUAAGAUAUUUAAUCCUUUUUCAUAUCUUUAGAUUUUUCAGCUGAAAAUGUUUGUAUUUGCUUAAAGCUGCAUUUCUCAUGUGGAGUAGAAAGAAAAUAAAAUAACAUGUGACAAACUGUCGAGAUAAGAAAUCCUGAGUUUGUGAAGGGUCAAGGUCAGAGUGUGGAGGUCAUGUGAUUGAACACUGAGUUGUAAACACUGAAACCAUGUUUGGCUCCUUUAACUUUAAUUUAUUGAAAACCUGAAGUCAAUUUGUUGUUAUUUGUGUUUUCACUCAUUUCUUUUGACGUUUUAAAUGAUGUCGUAUCUAAUGAUUAUUAUUAUUGUAUUAAUUUGAUCCCUCUGAUCUUUGUCCUUCUGUGAAACACUUUGUAGCAGCUGCUUUAUAACUACAGAUCAUUAUUAAAGUAAAUGUACAGAAUCAAAGAUACAACAUGUUA